AUGGAAUCGCUAGCAACCGGGGAGGUGAUCCAAUCACUUCUAAAGAAGACAACCAUACCCUUGUGCUGGGAUGACCCCAAAUACGCCUCAACUGUGACAUCUGUCCUCUCUGGAUCAUUUGAUUCUAAGGGGAAAAAGACAAAAGGAAGAGGGAAAGAAGUACCAUUGACCAACGUGAUUUUGGCGGCCAAUUUUGAAAUGGACGAUGACCUGAGGUAAGCAGCAUGUAAAACACUUACGCCUGUAUUCUAAAAGCUCACUCACGCUCACACUCAAAGAGUGGAGGUUCAAUCUGAGCUCCCCUUGAGAGUCAGUGCAGUUUUUGAAUAGCUGGAGGGUGAGUAGUCACAUAGUAUAGAACGACACCAACACUCCAGCUAUUCAAAAACAGCAUUGACAAUCAAGGGAAGCUCAGAUUGAACCUCCACUCUUUGAGUGUGAGUGAGCUUUUAGGAUACAGCGGUUAGCCUUGGCUAUUUGUUUGUAAACUUAAUGCUAUGUUUAAAUGAGCUUAAUUACUUCUCUCAAUACAAAUAUGGUCCGAUCAAAGUUUGUACAGAACAAGACCCUUGUGGAUGAUCAAGUCGGGUUCUUUAAACGAAAAUGUCCCACUUUGCCACCACGAGUCCACAAACUCUACGGUUAUUACAAGGCUAUUGUACACGAGGUAUUAAAUUAAAGUAUUUCUUAAACUACUCAGUGCUGCAAUUAGUAUUUGAUUUACUUAAAAUGUUCGCAAGUUCGAAUAGAAAUAUUCAGAUACAAGACAAUAAAACUGAUCUGUCGUGAUAUUGUCCUCAACCCUAACAUGAUCUCACUUGCCGAGACCUUGAUGAUUUUGCAUAUUGCAAAAACCGAAUUCAAUUGUUUUAUUAUACAUUUGUUUGUGUUAAAUAGAUACCACUUGCUAAUCAUUGCAGGCUUAUUUGCAGAUAACUUGGUUAUAUGCUAGCAGAUAACUGAAUUUUCUGUAUGUUGCGUGAUUGCGUGAUUUAACUGUAAGCUCUUAGCCAAUCAAAUCGCUUUUACCAACUACAAUGUAUAUUAAUAAACAAUUGUUGGAUGAGGCUGAGCAUGAUAUCAAGAAUUAUUCAGACCGAUGUUAAUGUUAUCUGCCGAAGCGAAGAUGAGGCGGAUAACAUUGGCCGAGGUCUGAAUAAUUCUUGAUGUCAUGCGAAAGCCUCAUCCAAUAAUUUAUUGUUCGUCUAUGUUGACAGGGUACGAAGACUACUUGGAAGAAAACUUGUGGAAGGGUACGAAGACUACUUGGAAGAAACAGUGGAAGGGUACGAAGACUACUUGGAAGAAAACUUCCUUCCAUAUGUGCGCAAGAUAAUUCUUCAAGGGUCAAAUCCUGUGAAAGAGCAAACGUCAGGAUUCGACGAGUUUAUUGAAUGUUUUGGAAAGAGUUUGAUAAACACAACAGUGCCAGACGAGGUAGGUAUAAUAUAAUUUAUUGAACAAUAUAAAAAGCAAGAAAACAAACAGCUUAUUAAUAUUAUUGCAUUAAAAAAUUAUGGAAUUUCUUCCCAUAGGAAUUACGAGAAUGCAUGAAGAACAAUGUUCCAACGCGACACCAUGGGAAUGUGAUGCACAUUAUUUUACCCAACUUACUCGCAAUCAUGAAGAGAAGAGUUGGUCCCCGAGCUUCUUUUAACCUAACGAAGUUAAGAAAGGCAAUAAGCGAGCAAGAAGGAGCGUCUGUAGACCACUCAAGUUGCUUUGGGGGAGCUCAGCGAAAGUGCGUUAAAAUUCCAAGAGAAGUCGUGAACAAUGAUGUUAUCGCCUUGAUCGAUAAAGGUAUAACAUUUUAUGACAAUAUAUCCUUAAACUUAAUAUAUAUUUUAAUAAUAAUAUAUUUCAAACUAGGUAAAUAAACACACUUACAGUGUACAGUUUAUUAUAGUACAGUGUAUGUUCAUCUGAUGUUUUAAACAGCUUUUGGUGAUGAACCAGAAGAUACAAAUGGAAUGAUGAUGAUGGUAUAG